AUGUCGAAUAAUGAAAUGGUCGCCUGGAACCAACACCUUCAGACGCCCGUCCUCUUCAACCACCACGAACCUUAUGAAGUCAACGCCAGCACCAUCAACCGUAUCGAUCUCAACCCCAUUGUCUCCACGCCGCGAGCACUCAGCAACCGCGAACGCAUUCUUAUCCUCACACCUCUCCGCGACGCCGCCCCCUACCUCAUCAAGUACUUUGACUUGCUUUCCGAACUCACGUAUCCGCACGACCUAAUCGAUCUGGCUUUCCUUGUUGGCGACUCUGUCGAUGACACCCUUGCAGUAUUAGCCUCCGAGCUGAAUCGCAUCCAACAGAGGACCGACAAAAUCCCCUUCCACAGCGUGCUCAUUGUCGAAAAGGAUUUUGGCUCGAACCUCGACAUGAGCGUGGAAUCGAGACAUGGAUUCGCCGCCCAGGGCCCGCGAAGAAAGGCAAUGGGAAGAGCAAGGAAUUAUUUGCUCUCAGCGGCGUUGAAGCCCGAACACAGUUGGGUGUACUGGCGCGAUGUUGAUAUCGUAGAUUCACCCAAGAAGAUCAUUGAGGACUUUGUUGCCCAUGAUCGAGAUGUUUUGGUCCCAAAUAUCUGGUUCCACCGAUACGAAAACGGACGUGACAUCGAAGGGCGCUUCGACUACAAUAGCUGGAUCGAAUCCGACAAGGGCCGUCGACUCGCUGCUUCGCUCGAUAAAGACGUUGUGCUCGCAGAAGGGUAUAAGGAAUACGAUACCGGAAGAACGUACAUGGCCAGGAUGGGCGAUUGGAGAAACAACAAAGAUGAAGAGAUUGAAUUGGAUGGUAUUGGUGGAGUUAAUAUUUUGGUCAAGGCCGAUGUCCAUCGAUCUGGGAUUAACUUCCCCUGCUACGCUUUUGAAAACCAAGCCGAGACUGAGGGUUUCGCGAAGAUGGCCAAACGGGCAGGAUAUCAGGUUGUAGGAUUGCCGAACUAUGUCGUUUGGCACAUUGAUACAGAAGAGAAACCCGGAAACGCCGCAUAG